GCUCGCGUGGCAAUGAGGGGCCCUGGGUUAUUUGCAUUGGGCGGGGCUCGCGUGGCAAUGAGGGGCCCUGGGUUAUUUGCAUUGGGCGGGGUUCGGCCCGCACGGCAAUGAAGCGGGGACGAGAUUCCGCCUGUUUACGUAACCGGCCCGGAGCGGGAUUAGCUGGGCCGGGUGCAGUGGGUUCUGCUGCCGGGACGCUAUGGGGCCGGGGCUGCCGGAGUCGGGGGCGGCGUAGGAAGGAGACGCGAUGGGAGCGGCCAGCAGCGAGCCCGAGCCCCCGCCGGGGCCCCUCAAGGGCGGCGGUUUCGCAGCCGAGGUCUCCUGGGUCCGCAGCUGGAAGAGGCUCUUGGCUGGAAUUGGCGUGGCGGGGUCAGGGCUGGAGCGCAGCUUGGCCACGAGGAGGCGCCUCCAGCAGCAGCGGGGCCCGGGCGAGAAGCUGCCCCGGCUGGGGGAGAAGCUGGUGACGGGGUGGCCAGUCCCGCAGUUCGUCUCGCUCUUCCUCCCGGAGUUCCCCGUCCGGCGCCCCCUGGGCCAGCCACAGCUCAAGAUUCUGGGCUUUGUUGCCAAAGGCUCGUUCGGGACGGUCCUGAAAGUGCUGGACUGUGGGCGGGAGAAGGUCUUUGCUGUGAAGGUGGUCCCCAAAGUAGAGGUGCUGCGGCGUGACACCCUGAAGCAGUGCAAGGAGGAGGUCAGCAUCCAGAGGCAGGUCAGCCACCCAUUUGUUCACUGCUUAGGGGACAGCUGGCAGGGACAGCGGCAUCUCUUCAUUAUGUGCACGUACUGCAGCACCGGAGACCUGUACACACUUUGGGCCUCUUCGGGGUGCUUCGCGGAAGCCACUAUUCGCCUGUUUGCAGCCGAGCUGGUUCUGGUGCUGGGUGAGUGA